GCUGGGGCCGGUAAGAUGGGGCUGCUGGUGGCCGCGUUGGUGCUGGGCCUGGGAUUGGGCCUGGGCCGCUCUGCCGACAACCACAGCGCAGGCCUUCUCGAAUUUUCCGUGGGCAAGUUUAGACACUUCACACUGCAGUCUUCUUCCGAAGAGGCCGUGUUGCGCCACAUCGCGAGCAAUGUGACCUUCGUAAUCUUUCAGAUACACACUCAGUACAAGAACGCCACCGUUUCCUUUAACAAGAAUCCUCCUCAGGACACUUCGGGGCCGGGCACGGACAAAGGACUGAUCACCGCGCUCCGGCUGGAACAGACGAUAUGCACGUGGUUCCUUCAGGCUGCGGGGCCCGACGGGGUCAAAAGCGUCGCCGGGCCACUCUCGUAUUCGGAGAAAGAUCCCGUGCCCGGAGGUUGCAAUCUGGAGUUUGAUUUGGACGUCGACCCCAAUAUUUACCUGGACUAUAAUUUAUUUGAAACGGUGAUCAAGUUCGCGCCGGCAAAUCUCGGAUCCCCAAGAGGCAGGUCCCCUCCGCCGUGCGACGUGGGGACGGGGAUGGACUCCCGCUGGAGGCUGCAGUACGACGUCUACCAGUAUUUUCUGGCGGAGAACGAGCUCCUGGCGGAGACCCUCCUGGAGUCUGCGCAGAGGAUGGCGGUGGUCCCGCAGCUGAAGGGCAGGGCGACCAAAGUGGCUACCCUAACAUCCAACGAUAAGACCACCGUAUACUUCUCUUCCCUCCCGGGACAAGGCGUGAUUUACAACGUUAUUGUCCGGGACCCGGUCUUGAACACUUCAGCUGCCUACGUUCCAGCUCACACAUACGCCUGCAGCUUUGACGCCGUCGUGGAUAACUGCUUCUCCCUCGGAAGGAUUUCCACCAAAGUGUUCUUCACCCUCUUCAGCCUCUUGGGCCUCUUCAUUUGUUUCUUUGGACAUCGAUUCUGGAAGACAGAGUUGUUCUUCGUUGGCUUUAUCCAUGUGGGAUUUUUGUUCUUUAUAACCAUCACGUGGCUAACUCCUCUCAGCUAUGACGUUCGCCUGACCCUCACGGCUGUAGCCGGGAGCCUGGGGGGCGUCCUCCUGGUGGCCUGCUGGUGGCGAUUCGGACUCAUGGUCGUCUGUAUGCUGUGCGUCGGGCUGGUGCUGGGAUUCCUCGUCUCCGCAACCGUCUUCUUCACACCCCUAGGAGACUUGAAGAUUUUCCGAGCUGAUUCUGUGUUCUGGGUGACUUUUUCGUGCAUCGUUCUGGUCGUUCCGAUGGUCUUCAUCGGCUGCCUAAGAAUUUUGAACAUCCUGGCGUGUGGAAUUACUGGCUCCUACUCCGUGAUUUUAGCUAUCAACAGCUAUUUUUACACCAGCCUCUCUUACAUCACCUUGAAUGUGCUCAAGAGAGCCCUCAACACGGACUUCAGCAGAGCGUACACCAAUGUGCCUUUUCAAACUAAUGACUUCAUCAUCCUGGCAGUGUGGGGGAUGCUGGCCGUGAGUGGGAUCACGCUGCAGAUUCGGAGAGAGCGGGGGAGGCCUUUCUUUCCUCCGCACCCGUAUAAAGUGUGGAAGCGCGAGAAGGAGCGCAGGGUCACCAACAUUCUGGAUCCCAGUCACCACGUCCCCCCGCUGAGGGACAGGCUCUACGGCAGGCUGGCCCGCCUCCGAGAACUCUUCCGCAAAGAACAGCCGGCCGGGGAGAGGACACCGUUGCUGCUGUGAUGCCGGCCCUCCGCCUUGCGGCGACAAGGACUCCCAACCCGCACGGACGCCCUCGGCCUCGCGGGCGGACUCUUGGGCCGACGCGCGGACCGCUUAAAAACGUCGCCGGCGUAAGGCUGCGAGGGGGAACGGGCCGGAUCCGGUUUGGACCCCCCCCGACCGUGGUUGGUCCGCUUCAUCCGAAGGGCGGAUGAAAGGACAAUUCUAAGUGCAGUGAUGCGUUUCGGGACCGGUCUUGAUGUCCCUGGGUUCCCGGUGGUAAAUGCCGGUCGCUGCUAUCGGGUGUCCGAGCGGAGGACUCGGCGCCUAUCCGGUAGAAAGUUUAGAGAUCCGUUAAGUAGGUACGGCACACUAAGCCGAGGCGAUGGAAAACAGCCGGUAAGCAGUGGUCUCCGGACAAAUGUGAGUUUCAUUUGCAGUACCUCGAGUGUUUCUCUAAGCCGGGACUGUGCAAAAUGGCGGUCUGUCUUGAAGUACGCCGAAUCAUUGUUGGCUGUAGCUCCGGCAUUUGGGGAUUUAGGAUCAGGGAUCGGGGUCUUUUUUUCAAUCAGAGGAGAUGGGGUGGGAUACAGCCGGAGGAAGCUGGUCAGUGGAGAGAUCGAGUGAUAUUUCUAAAGUCCAUCGGCCAAAGCUGGUCAGUGGAGAGAUGGAGUGAUAUUUCUAAAGUCCAUCAGCCAAUCCCAAGGGCCUGCCUUAAGGAGACCGUAUCCCAUUGAGAGUGCUCCUCGGGCAAAGUUAGGAAGUAGUAGGUGAGACGGGCGCAUCGUUGUAUGGAAUUGCUUAGAAAUUGGUCAAACCGCACCGUUUCAUUAAACGGGAGAGAUUUUUAUUUUAAUUCACGUGGGUCGGUUUCCCGGGCCCGAAAUAAUCCCGACACUUAGGUGUUCUUGUCUCGAGGUGGAGGGGAGGGAAAGGCAGGGGAUCAAAAUGGGGCAAUUCCUCCUACCACCGACAUAACGAUGAUAUAGCGUGGCCUAGCCGGUUGACAGCCGGAGAUGCGAAACCUCCGCCUUCGUCUUCCGAGCAGCAGUAGCACCGUCUGGGGUUUAAAACUGGAGUGAAAUUCCAGCCAGAGAGCCAGUGGAGAGCCCUCUUAGGGCCGCACGAAGCGACACCGUCUUUCUCCUUUCAGUUCCAGCGGUCAGAAUUUGGCUUGCAUAACCUUGACAUUGCACUGCUCUCAUCCAUUGGGUUAUUGGCCCUGGGGAAGGGGAUUUGGUUUUUAGGAGCCCGAGGGGAACCACUCUGGAACUGAACCAUUAGUUGGGAACUUCACACUUCAGGUGCCAUUGCUUUGCCAUCUGGGUUAUUUUACUCUACCAGAAAUGUUUCUGGAAAGAGACUACUGCAGAUCUCUGGAGGGAAUUUCUGUUACUCGAUUUCAUAUCUACUCAGCCGCUCUGUCUAGCUCUUGUGAAGAAGGUCGGAGUUUCCUCGCUCCUCGUUGGGAAAAAAUACUUCCUUUCCUUCUAUUGGCCGUCGAAUGAGAAUGCAAAUAUCUUAAUUCGAUUGAAAUUAUUUUCAAUUAUUCAUCAGAAGGAGUAAGGUCGACAGGCAUUGCUUCUGACGGAUCCGGGCUUUGUCGAAUGUGGUCGAACCGUUUCUACUGAAGUCUUUAUUGCCAGGUAAGAGUAUAAUGGGAGCACAAACACUCUAUAGUAUGAAAUAACACUCAUUUCAAUACGGACGUUAUUAAUAUUUUGUGACUAAUCACCCGCAAAAGUUUUGUAUGUCUUUUUGUAAUAAACACCUCUUUUAAAAGUGGA